UGCUUAAAAUUUUAAACAAAAAAGAAAUUGUGUUAAUUAAAGUUUGUAUAAAAUUUUAAUAUUUGGUCAAACAAAAAAAGCCAAAGAAAUCAAUUCAAAACAAAAAUAAUCAACAAAAAUCACAACAACGUGUGUGAAUGAAUGAAUUCUCCCGAAAAUUUAACCGGUCUCUGGUGUGCUUGAAAACAAAAACGAAAACCAAGUUUAAUAUUCACCUAAUUUCUGCGAACUCAUUAAAAUACGCGCUAAGCUUCGCACAAACUCAAACUCACGCAGAACAUACACACAAACAACUUUACACAUGUUCAAACCUUUAAAAAACGUUCGAUUUUAACGCUUAUUUUAAAUUAAAACACAACAAAAAUUAAUAAUAACAACAACGUGGUUUAAAUUUUAUAGUGUAAUCGGAACUAAAAGAAGUCAACACUUAAAUGAGUCACUAAAAAUAAAAAGCUAAAAAACCAAAAGCACUCAAAGUUUUUAAACAAAAAAAAAAAAAAAUUAAAAAUAAAUUUUGAUAAAACAAACUAAUCAUAAGAUUUACAAAAGAAAAAACAAAAUACACCAUACAACAUACAACAUCCUCAACUCACCAUACUCUCAAACAUUUGAAAAACAAACCGUCAAAAUAGCUCCCAAAAAUUAUUUAACCCAGCGAAUGCAUUUAACCUCCAGCACCGUUAAUGCUCUGCAAUAUUCCGGCUCAUCUUUAAAUACCUCUUCGAAUUUAUUAAACUCCUCUUUAUUGGGUGGUAGCAUCACAGCUACUGGUGCUACCACCACUUUAGCACAAACUGCCACAAAUCAUCACAUCACAUCUGCAGCAUCACCAACGUCAUCAUCAGCACUUUUAUCGCCGGCUUCUUUGCCACCAUUAACAACAACUGCCACCGCCAAUAUGGUGAUAUCAUCGUUACCUCCAGCUUCUUCAGUGCACCAUCAUCAUCAUCACUUGCAUUCGCAUCCCCACCAGCAGCACACCACACACUCACACCACUCAGCAGCACAUCCUCAACAUUGGAAUUCCGAGGCGGUGGGCAUGGCUGCCGAUACUAUAGGGGCCAGUAGUUCAGCCAGUAUUGGCAGUAAUUCGCCAAAUGGCGGUGCUAGCAAUGGUACAGCGAAUAGUAAUAGUAGUACAAAUAACAACAACAACAGCAGUGGCAACAACAAUAACAGUGCAAAUAACAACAACAAUGUUGUACACCAGGAUUUAGCUUGGCUAGAACGAUCCGUCUUGCAAGCUCAACAACAGUUUCCAAAUGAAUUGGUACGCACCAGCAAUCCCUAUUUUCUAUGUUCGGCUCUACCCACCCAUUGGCGUUCCAAUAAAACUCUGCCGAUUGCCUUUAAAGUGGUGGCUUUGGUGGAUGUGGGAGAUGGCACAAAUGUUUAUAUAAGGGCAGGAAAUGAUGAAAACCACUGUGCCGAAUUGCGUAAUGAGAAGGCGACCAUGAAAGAUCAAGUGGCUAAAUUUAAUGAUCUACGAUUUGUGGGACGAAGCGGUAGAGGUAAAAGUUUCACUUUAACCAUCACUGUGGAUACAUUUCCCCGACAGGUGGCUACAUAUUCCAAGGCAAUCAAAGUUACAGUCGAUGGACCUCGUGAACCGCGCUCAAAAACAAGCCCUCCUAAUGGCACCCACUUUCGUGCUUAUGGCUUAACACAACGUCCCUAUCCCGAUGCCCCUUUCAGCAGUCAUUUUCGUGAAUUGGGCUCAUUACAUCGUGUUACACGCUCAUCAGCGGCCACGUCUGCUUCUAUUAUUAAUUCAGCGUCUACACCAACAUCGGCUUCCAGUACGAACAGUAGUUUGCCGCAAUUAGGCGGCAGCGGUAAUCAUUCACCCACGAGUAGCACCAUCAAUUCAGAUUGCCAGGGUUAUAAACCGAAUGCAGCCCAUAUACAAGACAACAACAACCUCAUGGGCGCUGCCGAAUGGACCGGCUACUCCAGCAGCAUGACUAGCGCCUCAGCCUACUCCAGUUUUCAUCAUCCCCAUCACUUGCCACCACCUCCCCCACCGCCAUCUGCUGCCACCGCAGCUGCCACAAAUUCCGCCUACACCGGCUAUGAAAGCCUCACAACUGAUCCCGCCAACUUACACUUGCCGACCGUACUCACCGAUAUGCAACCGUACUGUGCCACCAGUGACUAUCAUCCCGGUGCCAUAGUGCCGCAUGUUCAGCCACCCAUUUGUAGUCCCAACUAUAGUUCGGCUCCCAAAAACGAAUACGAUUCCUAUAACGCAGCAGCGGCGGGCUACUCCUCCUACAGCAACUGGUCCAAUGGCUACAACAACUAUCAGUAUGGCAGUUGUGCGGGACAGCCACAAUACUCAGCUCAUGCAGCGCACACCAUGGUGCUGUAUCCCCAACUUAUAUCCACCUACAAUCAAAAUGAAAUUCAUUUACACCUACAUGGCACCGAUAAAAUCGAACAGUACUUGGGCGGUGAGAAUGCUCUCACCAUUAGCUCUCUGCCCGGCAAUCGUUCCAGCAUAGAGAUCGGCAUCGGCACCUCUGAUCAUGAGGAUCACAUGCAAAAUGCCAACACAGCGGGCGUUAUGAAUAGUAAUGAUCCUCAUACCCAUGUAGUGGUAACAGAUCCGGCGAAUCUGGAUGCUGAUCAGAGACAAACACAAACGCAUUUAGCGGAUCCAGUUGGGGAUAUAAAUGUGGUGGGUGGUGGUGCUGUAGCGGCGGGUGUGACAAACGAACAACAUACUCAUGCCACCAGGGAGGGAGAAGAAGUGUGGCGACCUUAUGUGCCCACUUCAUGGCCUCAGUGACAAAAUUGUAAGACUUAUGUACAUAUAGAAUUAAAUUAAGUAACAUUUUAGUUUGAAUACUUAAAAAUGAUUAAGUUAAGAAUAUUAAUAAUAAAUGAAAUGGAAUGAAUG